UAAUGCUCAUCUUUAUCGUAGAAGUAGAUACUAUUUAGUAAUUUUUUAUAUAUAGUUUCACCUACUUGUUUUUUUUAAACUACGUAUCUAAUAAUUAAUAUUAUUAUAAAUAUUUUACCAUGACUACUAUCAGACCUUUUACCUGCGAAGACAUGCUUAAAUUUAAUAAUGUUAAUUUAGAUCCGCUGACUGAAACAUAUGGCUUGUCCUUUUAUACUCAGUAUUUGGCUCAUUGGCCUGAAUUUUUUCAAGUAGCAGAGUCUCCGAGUGGAGAGAUAAUGGGAUACAUAAUGGGAAAAGCUGAAGGACUUGGUGAGAAUUGGCAUGGUCAUGUAACGGCAUUAACUGUAAGCCCUGAUUAUAGAAGAUUAGGUAUUGCAGCUACAUUAAUGAACAUUCUUGAGGAUGUUUCAGAAAAAAAAAAAGCAUACUUUGUGGAUCUUUUUGUCAGAGUUAGUAACAAAGUAGCCAUAAAUAUGUACAAAAAUUUGGGGUAUAUUGUAUAUCGAACAGUGUUGGAAUACUAUUCUGGAGAUCCUGAUGAAGAUGCCUAUGAUAUGAGGAAAGCAUGUUCUAGAGAUGUGCAUAAAAAGUCAGUUAUACCUUUAUCACACCCAGUCAGACCAGAAGAAGUGGAUUAAACUAAAUUUGGGACUA